GGUUGUGUGUAUACAACGCGCACCGUGCUUAGUUUUAGUUAGUUUGCAGUGAGAAUCUGAAGCGUUUUAAGUCAAUAUUUAGUGGUUUCAAUUUACUCAUUAGCGCUAAACUAUAAUUUGUUAAUAACAGGAGAAUCUAGAGAUACAUUUUUUAAUAGUUUCAACUAAAACAAAUAGUUAAACCUUUGAUAGAAGGUACCGAAGCGUUGGCCUAUAAUCUGCCAUACUGAGAUCAAGAUUUCUUGAUCUACAAUGAAUGACUACACUUACAGUUCUUAGCAUUCGGGUAACCUGUCCUAGAAAAAAAAGUAACACUUUCAUCCCCCCCCCCCUUUUUUUUUCCUCUCUGCCCAAAAGUAAACAAGCUUGAACACUACAAGUUGGACAUCAGACCAGUGUGUAUUGGUCAGAUAGCUCUAGGGCUAGUGUGUAGUCGAUAUGUCGACUAGUUGUUAGAAAAGAUAAAAAGACUGCCAUGAGUUUUCCUUGUGCGUAAUAGGCUUCAGUUGUUUAGCGAACAAAUAACACAUCUGAUAGUCAAGGAUAAAUCGAGAUCUACUCUUACAGUUACACAGGCCAAUUUAAAUGUGUCUUACCCCGCCCUUUCAUUGUUAAAUUUGGUUUCUAAGUAAUAAAAUGGAUCUAGAUCUGUUUCGUCGACGCAUUUGUGAAACUUUAAUGUAGGCCUAACAUUUUGUGAAUUUCUUAAAAAUGAUAGAACUUUUAAUACAAAAAAUAAUUCUUAAUGUUAUCGAUGUGCAUAGUGUAUUUGUGAUUGGCGGAAUAUGAAAUACAUAACGUUAAAAAAUAGCUGAAGUUGAUGAAAAUAAUGUUUCAACUAAUAUGCAUAUUAUCCCAUAUAUAGGCCUAUAAAUAUAAAUAUAAGUGUGUGUGUUUGUGUAGUUUAUACCAAGCCUUUUUUUUUAUCUUACAAGACACGUUUGUAAAAACAUAUUCUUCUGUAUGUGAAUAUAGAUCUAUCAUCGGCAAAGUGUUGACGCUUGUCAUGACUAUAAAGGAAAUAUCAUUGAUAAUUUAAACCUAUCCUUAAACAGUUCUUGGCCCUUUAUGAAAACAUUUGUAUAAUUAUUGGAACAUUCAGGGAGUUCGUUGAUGUACUCUGUAUAUUUUAAAAUGUUUGUAAAUGUAAAAUUUCGUAAAAAUAGAGGAGCAACAGCAAUGGAAAUAUAGGAAGAAAAGGCCAUUCUCCUCUUUGUUGUCCUACUAUCACGUGACUUUGGUUAAAGUAGGUCAGAAAAACGAACUACCUCAUUCAAAUGGAAAAUGUUUGAUAUAGAGAUAGAAUAGAUCAGAUAUAUAAAUCUAUUUAAUUAUAUUAGUUGUUGCGAAAGAAAAUCAUUUUAAUAUAAAAUAAAAUGGCUAGUAAUAUAAAUGACGAAGAAGAAUUGUUGUUAGAUUGUGACAAGUCGAGCUCAAACCUACAAAACAUCACAGUGUCAGAUGAUGUUAGAAAAUCUAGAUCAAUACCAGCAGAUGAUCUUGAUGAUGUUAAAAUUGAUAUUGAUAACAAUGAUAAUGAUCAUAAUGAUGAUGAUGAUGAAACGAUGUUGUUGUCAUCUCCAACACAGUCACAAUCGCCCAAAUCAAAAACAGUUCUAGAUCUAGAACCUGAAGUCUUUGAAGAAAACCAUCGACCUACUGUUACCGUACCUCAACCAGUUGACAGGCCUGAAUCAGCACAGAUUAUUAGUGAUGAUGAUGAUGAUGAUGUAGUUAUUCUUGAUGGCGGAGUAUUUAUGAAACCAAAGUUUCCUCAAACUCAAAGCCAAAUUGUGUUGGAUGAUGAUGACACAACAGAAUCAGAUGAAGAUGAUGACGAAGAUGAUGAUGAAUACACUUCUUUAGAAUCAGAAGAAUCUUCAAGUGACGAGUCAAGCUCACUUAGUUACAUAGAAUCCGAUGCUUAUUUGGAUGGUAAAAUUAAGAUAUUUUACACUCAUGGAUCAUUUUUUCUUUGGAAUGCAGAAGAUGUUCAGAUGCUGCGUGAGGAAUGCAGGAUUAUUGGAAAGCUGACUGGCUGUUUACCGCGGGCACCCCGGCAAAACAAUUAUCUGGGGCUUCCUUUACAGCUGAUGCCAGAGGAGGCCAAGCUAUUAGUAGAUAUAGAAGCUGCAGUAGUGGUCGAGGAAGAUCCAGUUAGUGAAGACUUGAAAAUAAAGAGAGAAAAGGCUUUUAAAGAAGUUAGAGAAGAAAACUUAAAGAUUCAGCAAAAACUUUACCAGGAAGUACGUCAACAGGAAGUGCAGCACAGAUUUAAAGAUAUCAUUGCUGGAAAGAAAGCCAAGAAAAGAAAACUUGCUCAAAGUUCCAGCAAGCAGGAUGAUAAUUUGAUAGAGAAUAGUGCAACAGCAUCUGACCCUAGCAAAAAUGAAGAUCCACAGAGAUCUGGAAAUCCUGGAGGUGGAGAUGGCACCAAUACAAUCAGUGAUACAGAUGAUGAAACAGAUAAGCUUACAGUUCAGGACAUUGUCCAGUCUGAGCCGUCAUCAAAACAUGCAUUGGUUCAGAUAUUCACAGAGUCCCCAUGGAAUCAAAGCCUUCAUAUCUAUGAAGACUGGGAAUACCCGAACACAGAGAAAGAGUUGAUUCGAUAUCUAGUCUUUAAGGACUUGUGGAAGAAAGGUUUCUACAUGACAUCAGGAAGCAAGUUUGGCGGGGACUUUUUAGUUUAUCCAGGUGACCCAGCAAGGUACCAUUCACAUUAUAUCGCCAUCUGUAAAAAUCAAUAUGAUGAAACACCAAGCUUAGAGAUUGUUUCCUAUGGGAGACUGGCUUCCAAUGUGAGAAAGACAGCUUUAAUUUGCAGUGUGGAUCACAAUAGAAAAGUUCUUUAUACAUCCAUAAAGUGGACAGGGAUAACUUGAAUUUUUUGGUAAAAUGUAAUAAAUAUUGAUUGAUUCUCUACAGCUAAAAAAAAACAAAAAUUGCAGAUAAAACUUGAUCACUCAGGAGUUCUUUUUUUCAAACCAAAUAUUUGAAGUGGUAGAGAAAGUUAAUUCUGAAUUGAUGUUUAAUAUAAACAACAUAUUUAAUGGUUUGCUAUUAAAGUUAUAAUCAAUAUUAAAAAGUGGAUCAAAGCAGGUCUUUAAAAUGCAUAUUUGAUUAUCAACCAGGUAAAAUGAGAUUAUUACUAAUGUUUAAUAUCGGUUUCAAAACUUCUCUGCUAAGAUGAUACUUCUCAACUUUAUGUUAGAAUGAUUGAAAAUCAAUCUUGACUUGUACAUCGUUGACAACUUUUGUGCGACAAAAAAAAAAAUAAAAAGAUCAAGGGCAAGACAUUUAACACGACAAUGAUGACACCCAUUACAUAUGUAACUCGAUGUUCUCACAUAAUAGUAUGCCCAAUGCUGCCUCCUUCUUUAUUAGACUAAAUUUAUUCUGCUACAUUUUUAAAAUUAAAAUAAUAAAUUUACACUCUUGCAAGAAAAAUAUGACCUGCCCAUCCUUUUUUACUUUUAUUUGACUUCUUAUUGUGAGAAAACUUGAGUUCUGAAGCUCAGAAUGCAGAAAACGCUUGGCGCUGGGGAUAAAUGGACUAGUUUCAAUAAACAUCUAGUAUGUAAAUUUGGAUUCUAAACAUUCGUUUCUACAAAAUAAAACCGAAAAUUGUGUUAUAAUUAUGUCUUUUAAGUUUCUUUUGUUUUUCAUUACAUUUUAAAAGCCCUCCUCCAGACCCCACUGUGAAAGCCUACAUCACUCCCCAUGGUCCCCAUCUAGCUAAGGCAGAGAUGGGGGGGCAUCAACUGCAAAUGUUUAAGAGGCACUGGUUUAAAUUAAUUGUAAACUUUGAGUAAACCAGUGUGACAUGGGACUAAUGUAUUUCUGUGGCAUACAUUUACGAAAGUAGCAUUUGGAAAGCUAAUGAAAUAAAUUUCAUAAAAAAAAAGUUUUAUCUUAAAUCUUAUUCACACUUUUUAGAAAGACCUGAUCAACAAAAUGGUUCAUUUUGUUAGUUAUAAAUUAUAGAAAUAGACAUAGACAAAAUAUUCUAACAAUCCAAAUUCAGUAUAAUAGAAAUAGAUUAACUGCCUGUCAUUAGGUCACUGAUAGCAUUGUAUAAAAUUUUAAAGCAUUUUUUCUACAUUCCAUUCUUCAUCUAGUCAUUGUUUUUUUUUUUUGCUUUUUCUUCUUUUCAUUAUUUGAUGAAAUAAGUUGUAUAUUUACAAAUUUAAAAGUUGUCAAUGAAAUUCAAAUCAAACAAUUGUAAAGAGAAGAAAGUUGUAAUGGCCUCCAUUGUAGCAGUUUUUUAAAUAUAGCCUUUGUUGUUUGUAAAAUGUACAUGUUUUGGAUGUUUCUACAGAGUUGAAGUAAUCUGCAUCCUAGCUCAAAUCAUUCGGCAAAAUGAUGGGGGAUGGCAGUGGGCAGGGUCUGAACCAAGGACCAUCGAGAAUAUCGAACAACAGUCCAGUGUGCAUACCACAUGACAAAGAAGCCAUCCAUUCUGAUCCUGUGUUGCAAAGUUGUUGUUUUUUUUAAAUUCAUUUAUGUAACUUUUAUUUAUUACUGGUACUUGUAUGUUUUUUUCCCCCUCCCCCUCGCUAGUACGGUCUCAAGAACAGGUGACUUUUAAAUAAUGGGUCAUAAGUCAGAGUUGGAGCAUGAUUGAGACCAUUUGCUUACAGGGUAUUGUGUCACCAGUACCAUGAACACAGUCUCUACUUUUACCACCUACACCUUAUUUUGCAAAUCGUGACUCAAAUCUAGGAGCUUUCACUUUCUUCCCGCCUAAAAGUACAGAGGUAGUUUAAACAAAAUGAGAAAAUCUAUUACCAGACUAGUAGUGUGAUUAUAUAAAAGCUAAAUUUACACAACUGUUGUAUACAUUGUCAUUAUUAAAUCACAGAAGUAAAAAUCAUAUCAAAUUUAUGCUGGUAUGUCACAUUAAAAUGAGGUUGUUUUUUUUUAAUCAAAGCUGUUUUGUAAAUGUUUUACAUUUUUCGGAUGUUCCUUCAAAGUUGAAGAUAAUUACUUCCUAGUCCAAACCUCCCGCAGGACGACGGGGGAUGUGAGCGGGCAGGGUUUGAACCCUGGACCAUUGAUAAAUCUGAACGACAGUCCAGCGCGCAAACCGCACGACCAGGCAGCUACCCAAUUAUGUACUAGGCCUAGGUUACAAAUAUCUAAUAUAGCCAUUGUAUAACACUUAUUUCCUUGUAAGAUCACUUUGUCUCUUGAUAGCAAGAUUGUAAUGACUUACAUUGUAAUGCAGACUUAAAUAUUAUAAAUAUAUAUAUUUCUAUUGUUGCAGAUCUUCUAAGGGUGAACUAAAUAUGUUAUUAGGUAGAUUGAAAAUUGUUCUCCAACAUUCUGGCUCUCAGGGACAAAGGAUUUUUUUUUUUGGUGCAAUACAGUAACCCUUAUUGACCUUAUCUUGUUCCGGUAGUUUGUAUGACCUUCAAAAAUGUUGUUUUCAUGAGAGAAAAUAUUCAUUUUUACACUGCAUCUUUUAUUAAAAUAAAAAUGUUGACAAAACUUUA